ACUCAGGACCUCUGGAAAAGCAGCCAGUGCUCUUAACCUCUGAGCCAUCUCUCCAGCACUCAAGACAGAAUUCUUAAGUGGAGCUGCCUUUGAGGUGCACAGAGGACCCCCAGUGACACAUCUGUCCUCCUCGCACCGUCUGUCUAGGACAUUCCAGUGUGGGUGCAGCGGCUGCUUUUGAGUCACAAUCCUGUGAGUGACACCAGUAAAUGAACUGGUUCACCAUGCUGGACAUGGAGUAAUUUCUUGGGUCAGCAACGCUGCUGUCCUUUCGGGACUGGAAUUCAAAGUCACCAGUUCCAGAGGAUCCAACGCCUUCUUCUGGCCUCCACGGAUACUUCAUGCACAUACAUAAAAACACAUAAAAUAAAAAUAAAUAAGUCACGGCUGGAUGUAGUGAAGCCCACCUUUAAUCCCAGCCCUUGCGAGGCAGAGAUCUGUGAGUUUGAGGACAGCCUGUCUACAUAGUGAGUUCUAGGACAGCUAGGGCUACAUGGUGAGAUCUUGUCUCAAACCACCACUUCAAAAAAAAAAAAAAUCUCAAAAAGUAAACAGCUAGAUUCCCUCUAAGCUGAGCCCUCCCAACUCUUGACCCAUAAGGCCCAUGAGCAAUGACUGUCUUAAGAUACUCAGUUUGGGGCUAGGGAGGUGGCACAUUGUUAUGUUUGCCCCACAAGCAAGUUGGGGACCGAGAUCAGCUCCCCAACACCCAUAUGACAGAUCUUGGCAUGGCAGCUUGUAAUUGCAGUCUUAGAGCUUGUUGAGGUUAAGACAGGAGGAUUCCUGGAGCUUGGUCUAUUCUGAAUCAGCAAGCUCUAAGUUAAGUGAGAGACCCCGUCUCAAAAGGUAAGGUGGGGAGUGUUUGCAAAAGACACCGGCAUGUGGCUUCAAUACACGUGCACUCCUGCACACACAUGAACACACACACAAAUCACUGAAUUUUAGGGUCACUUGUUAUGUGGUCAUCAAUACAACUUCCUAACAGCUCCUCUCUGCAAAUGGGUUAUCUUAAGUGCUUAAUAUACUUUGAGCUCGUCUGAUCUGUUUUGUGAGAUGAAGGCACACAGAGGUACAGCAACUUGCUUAACACGAUACAUCUUGUAAUGGUGAGAGCAUUGAACCUGGUCUGUCUGACUUCUGGUGUGGGUAUUUUGCUACAGGGCCCUGUUGGCUUUAACCAGGUGUAUAUAUAUGGUGUGGAAAGAAAGUGAAAUCUUCAAGAAGUCCAAGGAGGCCUCAGAGAAUCCUGACAUUUUAGGAAAGGCAGGAAACAUGGGGAAGCCUAGGGGUUAGGGGAUGUCUGUAACUACCUCUCAGCUUUGCCAUUUCCUAGGUGUUUCCUCAGGCAAGUCAGUAAUCCUGUCGUGUCUCAGUUUCCCUGUCAGCACAGUAUAGGUGCUGGUAGCCAAAUGGACAUCUCCUGGGGGGUCUGUGAAGAUGAACUGUGUUAAUCCCAGGUCUCCUCAGUGCUGGGGAGCGUGCUGGGGCCUGCAGGGUAUGCAGGGGGCUGAGUCUGAGGCUAAUGAGCAGGUGAGGCCACAGCACAGACGGAGGCUGAGCUCAGCGUCUGCUCUCUGUGGAAAUGGCUGAGCCCCGGUCUCAAGGCCACACCGUCGGACCCUUGCUGCUGCUGCUGCUGUUGCUGCUGCCACCCCAGGCCCUGCCGGAGGGGCCCCUGCUAUUUGUGGCUCUGGUGUUCCGACAUGGCGACCGGGCCCCACUGGCCUCCUACCCCACAGAUCCACACAAGGAAGCUGCCUCCACCUUGUGGCCCCGAGGUUUGGGCCAACUGACUAAGGAGGGCAUCCGCCAGCAGCUGGAACUGGGCCGAUUUCUGAGGAGGCGUUACAAGGCCUUCCUGAGCCCUGAGUACAGGCGCGAAGAGGUGUACAUCCGCAGCACAGACUUUGACCGGACAUUGGAGAGUGCACAGGCCAACCUGGCUGGGCUCUUCCCCGAGGCUGCCCCUGGAAGUCCUGAGGCUGACUGGAAGCCCAUUCCAGUGCACACAGUGCCUGUGUCUGAGGACAAGUUGCUGAGGUUCCCCAUGCGCAGCUGCCCUCGAUACCAUGAGCUGUUGCGGGAGUCCACAGAGGCAGCUGACUACCAGGAGGCCCUGGAGGGCUGGACAGACUUCUUGACCCGCCUGGGCAACUUCACUGGGCUGUCCCUGGUUGGAGAGCCACUCCGCAGAGCAUGGAAAGUUCUGGAUACCUUGAUCUGUCAGCGCGCCCAUGGUCUUGCUCUUCCCUCCUGGGCCUCCCCAGAUGUCUUGAGGACUCUGUCACAGAUUUCCGCUCUGGAUAUCAGGGCACAUGUGGGCCCACCCCGAGCAGCAGAAAAGGCCCAGCUGACAGGGGGGAUUCUGCUGGAUGCCAUCCUCAGCAACUUCUCUCGGGCUCAGCGCCUGGGGCUGCCCCUCAAGAUGGUCAUGUACUCAGCUCAUGACAGCACCCUGCUGGCCCUCCAGGGGGCUCUGGGCCUCUACGAUGGGAACACCCCACCUUAUGCUGCCUGCAUGGCCUUUGAAUUCCGGGGGAGCUCCAGGGAACCUGAGGAGGAAGAUGGAGAGAAUGUCACUGUCUCUCUCAUCUACCGCAAUGACACCUCUCGCCCACCCCUGCCACUCAGGGUCCCUGGGUGCCCAGCUCCCUGUCCACUUGGGCGCUUCCAGCAGCUGACUGCUCCAGCCCGGCCUCCAGCUCACGGGGCCCCCUGCCAUGGUUCUUAUGAGCCUGCCAGCCCCCCAGCCACGGUGCCCCUGCUGGCCGGAGCUGUGGCUGUGCUGGCUGUGCUAAGCCUUGGGCUUGGCCUUCUGGCCUGGAGGCCCAGCUGCCUGCGGGCCCUGGGAGGGGUUGUGUGAGGGAGGGGAGGGAAGAGACACAAAAGUGCCCCGAGCUGACACUGGAUCCCAACACGUGUGCUCACCUGCUACUCUGGCUUGUCACUUACUAUGCUCAUGCGCGUGUGGGGAUGAUGGCUGGGUGGACCCCAAGCAUUAUGCUAGCCUGGACACUGCAAUCAGAUGCUGUACAUACAGGUGUCAGGGCUCACAAUAAGCCUGUGUGCAGGUGGGAACCUGUAGCCUGAGAGCACACAGGACUGAACUGCCUUAAGCAACUCUACCCCGGCAUUACUUCCUACUGGUAGCAGAGCAGAUGGAGGUAGGGGCUCUCCCAGGGCACCAAGGUAACCAGUACCUUCUGUAAGCUCCACUACCUCAAGCCCUCCCUGAAGUGGAGGGUUUAACCCCUGCUGACCAGCAGCCACCUAGCCAUUGCCAUCACCUGGAGCCCCAUGCCCAUUGUCUUGUGUCCACAUUAUUCUCCAGAGCCCCCAGCCAACACUGGGAAAGCCAAUAGGUGACCCCUGUCUUGGGAGGUUUCCUAUCUGGGGGAGGUACAUCAAAACCUGAGAUCCCAAGGAAGCUAAGGGGCAUACCUUGGAAUCCUAGGACAGCCUCAACCAGAAGGUCUGAUUCACAAGAACCAAAGCAAACUCGAAUCAAAUGCAGGCUGAGGUAGGGGAUGAGGCCAGCCAGUGGCUAUGACUGGCCCCUACCAGCCCACCUUUCCUCACCAGACCGCUGGAGUAUCCUCUGGAAACAGGCCAAAGGUGGGCAAGUGCGCCUGUGCCUCACCUGCCCUGGACCCAGCUCAUCACCCAGAUUCUACCCACGCCGGGACCGAAUCAAACAGCACACUCCACAGAGGGCAAUGAUCCAGCCAUUUAAUAGGAACUCACGAAGGCAAAAGUUCCAGGGCUGCCCACCUCACCCCUCCACUAAAUCCAGAUCUACAUUGGCCAGAGGCCAUCUGUGCAGCCAGGGAGACCAGACCCAGCUGGAAGGUGCUUCAAGAGGGAAGGGUAUGGUUAAAAGAAAAUGGGGACAGGGUCCCCAAAGCAAAGUCUUUACAAAAGGGGGUUCUCCUCCCCACAAAAAAGUGUCACAUAAGCUCAAAAUAAAAUAUAAAGUAAAAA